AUGAGCGAUCAAGAAGAGAUUAGCAAAGAGCUAGCCGCUCAGAAGCAGCGCAUGGACACGUUGAAGAAGUUCGUAACGAAUUACAGCAAAGAUGGAAAAAGCAUAAAAAACAAGGUUGAAUACUUCGAAAAGAGGUUACAACGAUUGCAAGAUUGGUGGGUCAGUUUUGACAAAGCCAAUCAUGAAUUGAUCGAGACGGGAAAAAAUGAAAAAGACGAGUAUUUUACCGACAAUCAUUUUGAAAAAGCAAAAACGGGGUAUCAAGACAUAAGGAGCAAAAUUCAGCAAGAUAUGGUGGAUUUUAAGCAGCAAACGGAAAAAAAUGCAGCAACAGGCUCUGGUGUUUCAGGCAACGCGACGCCAAUUAAACAGUGUGCAAAAACAACAACGAAAGAAAUUGAAUUUGUGGAUUUGUUGGCGGACGACGAUGACGAAAAUGAAAGCGUUGACGGUGAUAAUGCUGAUAAUGAUUUUCAAGAAGAGCUUCCACCAACAGUGGCAGUUAUGCUGUAUCAGAAAAAAGAGCUAUUCGACAUCUUUAAAAUGUUAAAUCGAAACGAAACGGUGUCUCAAGGAGUAGCCAACGCCCAAUUAGACCAGUUGAAAAUCAUCUGGUCUGAAUUCAGAGCAACAUAUCGACAAGUGAAAGUGUCUACGGAAAAAAAGUGGUGUGAUGGAAUUUCAUUCAACGAAAUACAACAGAAAUUCGUUACAUUGUGUGGAAAGUUAAACGAUACGAAAAAUAAUUCCAUGCAAAACGCGAACGUAAAGCUUCCGAAAGUAAAAUUGCCGGAGUUUGAUUGUGCAAGUGACAACUGGAGAGAAUUUAAAUCGAUGUUUGAUAAAAUGGUGCACGAAAAUGAUUCAAUACCAGAAGCGAUUAAAGUGCAGUAUUUAAAAUCAUGUUUAAAAGGUGAAGCAGCGAAAAAAGUAAGCCAUCUGACACCAGAAGAGUCUAAUUACCAAGACGUGUAUAGCAUUCUGGAACGACAAUAUGGUAAUAAACGCGAGAAUGUCGGAAAGUUAAUCGAAAAAAUUCUUGAUAUUCCAUGUCAAAGCGCUGAGACGAGCAAUGGUUUGAAAAAUUUAUUUGACACGGCCAAUGAAUGUUUAAUGGCAAUAAAAAACUACAACGUAAACAUCAAAGAUUGGGAUCCGUUGAUCAUCCAUAUUUUAAAGAAAAAAUUGCACAAAUCUACGGUCAUCGACUACGAAUCCAAAUUAAACGACGUACGUGAACUGCAAACCUUGUCAUCAUUCUUACAAUAUGUGGAACAUCGUUUCAUGGCGUUGCUAUCGGCAGAAAAUAGCGGCCAGAAAAGUUUAGAAAAAACUGAAAAGUAUGAAAAAAAGAGUAAAAAGGUCUACGAAACUCCAUUUGGGUGCACAUACUACGAUUUGGCAAAUUAUGAUCAUUUACAAAAUUUAUUAUACGCCGAUCCAACGGUAAAUGACGACGGUGAAAUUGAUUUACUGUUGGGAGUGGCUGAAUUUUCUAAAAUUGUUAAGCACGGUUUGAUCAAGGGUGCCGAAGAUUCGCCAAUUGCAAUGAACUCUGAAUUAGGCUGGCUCAUCAUGGGUCCGCAAAAUGUUGACGGCAUUGAGAGUGAGGACAAUGAGCCAGAAAUGUCUGAAGAAGAAAGAUAUUGCGAAGAGCAUUACGUAAAAAAUACAAAACGAGACGACGAUGGCCGAUUGAAUGUUUCAAUGGCAUUUAAAAAUGAAAAAUGGCCAGAGCUUGGCGAUUCGCGCAAAUCGGCUUUAGCGACUCUGUUCCAGUUAGAAAAAAGAUUCGAAAAAAACCAAGAAUUAAAGAAACAGUAUAGCGCCGUAGUGAAGGAAUCCAUUGAGAGUGGACAUUUAGUUUUGGUAGAAAAUCCGCCAAAUGAAGCGCAUUACAUUCCUCAUCACGCAGUGUUCAAGGAGAGCACAACCACAAAAUUGAGAUCAGUGUAUAAUGCGUCACAGAAAACUUCAAAUGGUAAAUCUUUAAAUGAACAGCUGGCAGUCGGAAAAAUUGUGCAACCGUCGAUCUUCGAAUUAAUGCUACGAUGGAGAGAAUCGAAAAUUGCAAUCGUCGCUGAUCUUGAAAAAAUGUACAAACAAAUCAGACUCAAUGAAAAGCAGCAACAUCUUCAGAUGAUUUUGUGGCGUAAUUCGGGCACUGAGCGCAUCAAAAGCUAUAAAAUGACAACAGUUACGUUUGGAUUAAAAAAUUCGUCAUUUCUCGCCAUAAGAUCAUUGCAUGAAAUUGCAAAAAUAAUCGAAAAUAAAUAUCCACGAGCAGCAAAAGCAAUAAUGAAAUGUUUUUACGUCGAUGAUUACACGGGCGGAGCAGAAUCUGUCGAAGAAGCAUUGUGCACGCAUCGAGAAAUGAAAAAGGCAUUUGAUGAAUUUGGCUUCAAUUUACGCAAAUUAGUAAGCAAUUCGACGGAGUUAUUAAAAUGUGUGCCAGGUUGCGACAAAGAAGAACAAAAUAAAUCGUUCGUGAAAGCAUUGGGUAUUCCGUGGAAACCUGAAACCGAUGAGUUCAUUUUUCAAAUCACUGUUAAUUUGAAAUCAAAACCAGAAACGAAGCGACAAUUGUCCUCUGAAAUCGCGUCAUUGCAAUAUGAUCCUCUUGGAUGGAUCGCUCCGGUCAUUGUCAAAGCAAAAAUAUUGUUUCAAGAUGUGUGGCAAUUAAAAAAGGAAAAUAAAAAAUCGUAUGAUUGGGAUGACAAAUUGCCAAUCGAAAUCAUCGACCGUUGGAUGUUGUUUAAAUCACGAUUGAGUGCAUUGAGCUCAAUAAAAAUGCAGCGGUGGCUUGGAGUGAUUCUUACGCUGCCCGAGUAUCGCUUGUCAUUCCAGCUGAAGAUCUACGAAACAGUAAAAAAAGGCGACAUUAAUACCGCACGAGAGUUCCUCGCCGCCCACAAAUGGAUCAAUGCAAAUGUGCGGAGCAUUUUGGAUGAAUCGGAUGCGAUUCUACACGCAAAAUAUCAGUUGAUUUACACGGUUGGCAGUCAGUUUUCGAUUGAUGGUGGUUCAAAACGAUGGGUCGUUACACAGGCUCUACUCAAACGCGUUCCAUUCCACAUGAAAAGAUUGUACCAUGAGCACGGCGAAGAGAAGCUGGAGUUCAACAUUGAUUACGUGGAAAAUGGUCAUGUAUAUGGAGCACCAAAGGUCGAUUACCGCGACGACGUAUUCACACCAUGUCGCAUUCUCAAUCAAUCGAUCUAUCCUCUGCUGAAAGAAGCACUGAUCGACGAUUUUCUUGAUGGACGUAUGAAUAUAACUUUCCCCGAAGUAUCGGCAUCGACAAAGAAAGGCUUGCGUGUACUGAUGAGCGCUACCGUCAUUGAUGAACAAACAUUUCAAUCGGCGUUCAAAGAUUUAAGUGUAGCCGAUCGCAAAACAAUUCUGAUUUUAAGCGGUUUGUUGCGAUUCGAAGUACUGAAGUUGGUUUUAACAAAACGAUGGCGCGUUAGCUAUGGAGUCAAUGAAAAUGGCACUCGAAAAAUGGCAAUUCCAUUCAAAGCAAAAGACGUCGCCGCGGAAAUGACCGAGUUCGGGCAUCCGGAUGUUGCUAUCUGUCUCACUCAGCUGAGCUAUUAUUAUUCAGGUCUAAGCGAUGAACAAAUGUUCCAAGCUUUCCGAAUUUUGGCCAAGACACAAAAUGCGGCUGCCGUCUAUGAAAAAUGGAUCACGAGCAUUACACCAAAACUUAUCGAACCAUCAAUCGAAUCGUAUUCCGGCCUUAAUUUGAGCGAUCCAUUCCAACGCGAAGAGAUUCUGUUCCCGCUGUUUCGCUUUAACAUGGACAUCAUCGACUUCUACCUUUCGCACGUCGUUUUUCCACGCGAAGCCAAAUCGUUCGAGAAUAAAUUGAUUUCCACCGCUUGGGAUCUGUGCAGCGAGCACAUGCAGCAUCGAGUGACUGGCUUCAGUGGGACAAAUGACACCAAGAAUAUCCUACCAAUGCCGAUCGCCCAGAAUGACCUCGCUGAAUUGGAAGACACCAACGAACGCGUCCGUCAAACGUUGCUGCAACCAGAAAACCAAGACUAUCAAAAUCUACCGCCAAACGUGAGCGCCAGAGCAAUCAUUGAGAAGUUGGUCAACUUCGAAAUUCCGGUGCUUCUAGACUCGGGCGCAUUGAUGUUGGAAUUAAACAACAAGCAAGUGGCCGAGGAAUGGCUCAAGAUGGCAUCGGACUCGUUCUUUGACGCAGCAGUUUACUUUGACUCACAAGACGUUUUGCAAACCGUCGAUCGGAAUGACGUCGUGGCCGAGUUCGAUUGUUCGGUUUAUCGCGAGAAUUUGAAUCGAUGCUUGGUAUAUCUAGACGAUACUCACACUCGCGGAACCGAUCUGAAAUUUCCGUUGGGUUGGAAGGCUUGUGUCACUCUGUCCGGUGAAAUAACACGCGAUAAAACCGUGCAAGCGUGCAUGCGAAUGCGUCAACUCGGUAAAGGUCACUCGAUCGCAUUUUGGGCAUCCUUCGAAGCUGAUCUUCGCAUCCGUGAUACGUGCAAUCUGUCGCUCCACGAUUGUGUCAACAAUGAGCAUGUCAUUGAUUUCAUUUGCAACAACAGCCGACGGUUUGAGGUGGAAAACACGGUGCAUUGGGCGUCUGCCGCUUACAAUUACACGAAGAAAUUGGCCGCUCAUAAACUCUAUGAUGAUUCAACGGAUGACGCGGCCAUACGGAAUCUGUACGAGAAGUGUGUCGACAACGAAUAUCUCACACUGGAAGAAAUGUACGGCGACAAAGAGGAGGUUGAAUUGAGCGAUAUAUCGAAACGGAAAUUCGCAACAUUGACGAAUCAAUACGAAGAAGACACUGGAAUUAACCAGUUUGUUCAACGCAUCGAUGACGGAGUGUUUGAAAAACUUCAGAAACAAGCGCCGGAUGUCAAACGUUUCGUGCACUCCUUGGACGAAGAGCAAGAGAAGGAAUUGGAACAGGAAAUUGAAGAAGAGCGCCAAAUUGAACGACCACCCAAACUGGAUCCAGCCAAUCCGACCUUUGAUCAACAAUUGAUAUCUCUGAUGGUGUCUGGUGCAACCGGGGAAAUAUUUUCGGAAAUCAAACGAACACAAACACUUGUGCCGUUUGCCACGGGUUUGAUGCACACGAAACUGUUCGAGAAAUACAAAAAUCAGCCAAACUGGGCCGACCAUUUGUACGUCACAAAAGACUUCGUUCGAGUAUUAGCCAAUAUAACCCAUCUAUGUGAUCAAUUCCUAAGGCCAGUUUGGUGGAUUGCACGUGUUGACGCCCAAAACGAUGGUCAUAUUCUGGUCGUGCUCAGCUCGUUCGAAUGUGAUCGCCUUUUGGUCACAUUCCGCAAAAGCACGAAAUCUAUCCUGUUCCCAUUUCGUCCGACAUUGAGCAAGUUGCACAGCGAUUUGUUGGAUCAGCAGGAUUUGCGAGUAACAGCCAAGCCGAGUACUGCUGCCCUUGAUGUGAAUGACGUAGCUCAAUUAAAAAUGUACUCGGGCUCGAUGUACUUUAAGAGCGAAGCCGAACAAAGCGCCUACUGCAACUUCCUGGGCUUAAUUCCACGACCACGGACGCCCGAACAAGAAAUGGCUUUCGAAGAAGGAAUCAUCAAGCCAAACGGUUUUGUCCCCGUUGAAAAUCGUCAACGUUCAAAAGCAGUCGUCGAAUGCGUUAAUCAAUGCAGAUUCCACGAGAAUCCAGUCGAUUUGGCCAUUCAAUUGAUUGAAGCUCAUCAUGAAUUCAUGCGCAACGAAUCCCAUGCAUCGUCUGUUUUACAGCUUGGUUCAAAGCUAUCAAUCACCAAAUGAAAUUCAAUAAUAUAUCAUUUUGAAAUUAUUUGAUUCAAUGUGCAAGAAAUUCUUUAUUUUUUCAUUUUUUUACCAAUUUAAGUCUCAUUCUCAUCAGAAUUUACCUCUUUUGAUAAUUAAAGAAAAGAAAAUAAAUGGAAAUUUUGGUUUUUCAA